GACGGGCAUAAUGACGGAAAGUGGGACCAGUUCGCUGCGAACGAGCAGAAGUAUGGUGUAAGUUCAACCUUCAAUGAGGAAUACUACACCACGCCGUUGGACAAGAGUUCUAUCCCGGCGGAGAAAAGAGAAGAGGCGGACCAGAUCGCCAGACAGAUUGAAGCAGGGCAGACGCACGCCGAGGUUGAGGAUCGCGUCGACGUCGACGGCGAUGGGGAUGAGGAGGCGCGCUUCGGCGCCGCAGCGCCGCUGGCCAACACUGGCAACAGGGCCUUCAAUAGCAACCGGCCGCUUCCGCAGGUUCCCGAGCGACCCGGUCAGGAGCUGGCCAACGCCCAAGACAGAAGUGGCCGAAAAGGCAUGAUCUCGGAGAUGAAGAGGAUCAAUGCGCUCAAUCUGGAGCCCACUUCAGCCAAGCACGAUGACUCGAACGUGCGUGGUGGAAGGGGCCUGAAAGAUCCAGCCCAGCGCAACCCGCAGCGCAUGUCGGGUAACAACGCAGACCUCAAGUCCGAGUUCCAACAGUCGCUCCAAGUCAUUUCGCAGCAAGAAGCCAAGCGGAAUCGCAAAGCUGCCGGAGAUGGUGAAAUGGGCCCUUGGGAGGGCAACAACACUCAGGCAAGCGGCGACAAGUCGAAGAACCAGCCGGGCGCCUUGGCAAAAGCCGGUGAUCCGUCGCGGCAGGGCUUCUCCUUCAACCCGAAAGCCCCGGCCUUCUCCUUGAAUCCGCAGGCCGGCGAGUUUAUGCCCGGCGGCAGCAACAACGCCGCAGCCAACCCUGCGCCAGCCAAUGCUCCGGCCAAGUCGACCGGACCGGGUCCUAUGCUCAAGCUGGACAAGAAGAGCACGAAGCA